AAAAUAAGUUAAGAGAGUAAAUACGUGAUUAAGGAAAAAAAAAAAAAAAAAACCCGUUGUUUACAAAUAAAAAAACUCAGUAGCUCCAUAGUUUCAGAAACAAAAGUUGGGGUCUCACUCAACUCAUCUUCGCCGAAAACCCAAACAACUACCCGGAAAACGCACUCGGAGUUUCUCAUCGCCCGGAAGAAACAAUCAAAAUGUCUCGAAGAUAUGAUAGUCGUACAACAAUAUUCUCUCCUGAAGGACGGCUUUACCAAGUGGAGUAUGCAAUGGAGGCUAUCGGAAAUGCUGGUACUGCUAUAGGAAUCUUGUCCAAAGACGGAGUUGUUCUGGUUGGUGAAAAGAAGGUGACAUCCAAGCUGCUGCAAACCUCAACUUCAACCGAAAAAAUGUACAAGAUUGAUGAUCAUGUUGCAUGUGCUGUUGCUGGGAUUAUGUCUGAUGCCAACAUCCUAAUCAAUACUGCUAGGAUCCAAGCACAACGUUACUCAUUUGCGUACCAAGAGCCAAUGCCCGUUGAACAGUUGGUUCAAUCUCUCUGCGAUACCAAGCAAGGUUACACACAAUUUGGUGGUCUCCGUCCAUUUGGAGUCUCUUUCCUGUUUGCAGGCUGGGACAAAAAUUUUGGCUUUCAACUUUACAUGAGUGACCCUAGUGGAAACUACGGCGGUUGGAAAGCCGGUGCUAUUGGUGCGAACAACCAAGCAGCACAAUCAAUUCUAAAACAGGACUAUAAGGAUGAUAUCACAAGGGAAGAAGCGGUUCAACUCGCACUGAAAGUACUGAGUAAAACUAUGGACAGUACUAGUCUUACCUCAGAAAAGCUUGAACUUGCAGAAGUUUUUCUUUCACCUGCCGGAAAAGUCAAGUAUCAAGUCUGCUCCCCAGAGAACUUGACUAAGCUGUUGGUGAAGUCUGGUGUGACCCAACCAGCAACAGACACUGCUUAGCUUGCAGUUCCAUGUGAUGGGUAGUUUACUUGUGCACACUUUUGAUGCUCUUCUAUUCAGGAUAGACACAUGAAACUGUUCCGCAUUUAUUUUUAUGUUAAAACUUGUAAACUUCUCAUAUCUUGGCAACGCUAAAUUACUAAUGGCUUUUUAUUUCCCAUAUGCUUCUUUGAUUUUAAGGACAUAGAUCCAUUUGCUUCUGUUUAUCUAUUAUGGUUUCUACUGACUCUUUA